GUGUGGCGGUUGGGGCGAGCAAUGGCUGGUCGCGGGGCUGCUUUCAGCGCCCGCGGCCCUUCCGAGGACGGCGGCGUUUAAUGCCCGCCUGCUCCCGCGCCGCCGCCGGAGGGGCCCCAGCGGCCUGCUCGCGCCUGCGGCGGCGCCAUGUUCCCAGCAUGGGGAUUUCCAGUGGCAGUCAUUGCUACCUUCACUAGUAUUUACUUUUUACCAUCUCCUAUUGAUCCAGAACCAUUCACAUUUGAAAAGCCACCUCCUGCCCUAGUUGGAUCAUUGCAAGUGAAUAAAAAGCUUCAGAGUGGACAAAGAAUCUUUACAGGACAACUGAAAGGUCCUGAGUCUUUUACUGCUGAUGAUGAAGGUAAUCUCUACACUGGUACUGUGGAUGGGAAACUGUGGAUGAUCAGUGGUGACCAGUUGCAUUUCAUUACUCAAAUGGGGCAGAAUAGGCCUGAAUGUGUUUCACCUGAGGAAUAUUUACAGGACUCUUAUGUGACCUGUGGAACUUGGGACUCUCAAUUGAAGGGAAGCAGAACUCCAGAUUAUGAACCAGUAUGUGGCCGGCCUCAUGGAGUCCGAAUGGAUCAGGAUGGCAACUUGAUUGUGGUAGAUUCUUAUUUUGGCCUGUACAAAGUCAAUCCAAGGACAGGAGAGAAAACCCUCCUGCUAUCGAGUGAACAAGGUGUGGAUGGAAUUCCUUUCAAAUUCCUAAAUGGAUUAGAAAUAUCAAAGAACAAUUUGAUUUAUUUUACGGAUUCAAGUAGCAAGUGGGAGAGACGGCAUCACAAAUAUGAGGUAAUAGAAACAAACCAUCUUGGACGCCUUUUGACCUAUGAUCCUGUAACAAGAACAGCAAGAACAGUGCUCAGUGGCUUGUACAUGGCAAAUGGGAUUACGCUGUCUCCUUAUGAAGAUUACAUAUUAAUAGCAGAAACCAGUGUCUGUAGAAUCAUACGCUAUUGGGUGAGUGGAGUUAAUGCAGGAGAAAAAGAAGUUUUUGUGGAUAACCUGCCUGGAUAUCCAGACAACAUAAGAUUAUCAAACAAAGGCUUAUACAGAGUUGGAAUAUCUACUACUCGCUUUCCUAGUUUCUUUUCUCCUUUUCUGGAUGCUUUAGGACCUUAUCCAUUCCUGAAGAGAUUUAUUGCAAAGGUGACUCCUCUAUCAUUCUACAGCAUUUUUCUUCAUAAACAUGGCUUGUACUUAGAAAUUAAUGACAAAGGAGACAUUGUGGAAAGCUUCCAUGACCCUGAUGGUAGUGUCACUUGGACUAUCAGUGAUGUCUUUGAGCAUAAUGGGAAGGUGUAUCUAGGUAACACAGAACUGCCUUUUCUUGUGAUGAUACAGUAGACUUAAAAGUUUUGAUAAGGUGGUAUAUCAAAAGAAAAAUAGCAGUAUUCCCUAAAGCAUCUAUUAAAUAUUUUUUCUACUUAGCAGGAAGUUGCUACAGCAACAAAGAAGCAGAAUUGAAACCAUUACCAAAUAGUUAAACAUAAAUGGAACAUAGAAAUGCUUGGUUUAGGAGAUUGGGAGAACCUCAGCUGUAAAAAGAUCAGAUGCAAGUCUACUCCCCUCUGUAGUUUAAAGAAAUAAUUACAUUUUUGAACAGCUGCACAGAGUUGUCUAAGGAAUUGAACUCUAACAGGGUUGUGAGGUGAGUACUGUAUAUCUUAUUCUUACCUGAAGUUCGUAUUUCAAAAGAAUCCUUUUUCCUCUUCUCCAGCAGCAGAGAACAUACUGCUUUUAAUUAUGAACAAUAGUUCUCCCAUGUCUUUUUCUUGAUGUAGUUGGAAAUAUGGAAACUGUUUCCAAGAAAAUAUAUCUGAAUAUGUACAGCCUGCAUUUAAGUUUUCUCAUGUUUUACUACUUCUUCCUAGUGCAAAUUAGUCAUGUUGUAUUUUGCUAGACUGUACAUAAGGGUCAACUGCAGGUUGGUCCAGUAAUUGUGACCAUAGCAAAGGAAAAAGUUUACUAGUGGGAACUAUGUAACACCACAACCAACCGAGAACAGGCUUAUAAAUUAGGAAUCCAGUUUCUUAAACCUUUCCAAAGGAGCAAGCUAAGUUCAGUAACAGAAAGAUCAGAAGUUUGAUAGGCAGUUUAUUUUGUCUUUCCCCAAAAGUGCAGCAGUGAACAGGGUCCUCUGGAAGGGCACUUUCUAAACAGAUAUCCAAAACAGAGCAGAAAUAAAAUAUGCUUGCAUACGGAGAAGAAUAAUACAAAUAAAUACACUUUAAUUGAGUCAAAAAA